UUUCUCAUUGCUACUCUCACGAUUCUUCUCCCCCUCGGUCGUUAAGCCGCGUGUCAUACACUUUGCGAUUUAUUUGUGCAUAUUGCCAUUUUUCAGGAUUUUCUAUUUUGUUUUGUAGGAGAAGAUGGGCCGAUAUUCGCAUGAAGCUUCGAAUCCGGGCAAGUCGUGUAAGGCGCGCGGCUCGAAUCUUCGUGUACAUUUUAAGAAUACCCAUGAAACGGCGAAAGCAAUAAAGAAUAUGUCCCUCAGAAGGGCACAGAAGUAUCUUAAAAACGUCAUUGAAUUCAAAGAAUGCGUUCCUUUCAGAAGAUUUAACGGUGGUGUAGGAAGAUGUGCCCAAGCUAAGCAAUUUGGCACAACGCAAGGUCGAUGGCCUAAAAAGUCGGCGGAAUUUCUGCUUCAACUUUUAAAAAAUGCAGAAAGUAAUGCCGACUUCAGAGGUCUUGAAGUAGACAGACUUGUUAUUGAACACAUUCAAGUUAAUCAGGCGCCUUGUUUACGUAGGAGAACUUACAGAGCUCAUGGUCGUAUUAACCCGUACAUGAGCUCGCCAUGUCACAUUGAAGUCAUAUUGACUGAGAAAGAAGAUGUCGUUGCUAAAGCAUCGGAGGAAGAGCCCUCCAAAAAGAAACUGAGUAAAAAGAAGCUCGCUCGUCAAAAGGAGAAGAUGAUGAGGGAAUAAUUUUUGAGGUGUACAAUACGAGAGCUAAUGUAUUUGGGAAUAAUAAAAUUUCUAUUGUUCUCUAA